CAUGGCGGCCGCCGGGCGCGCGCGCCGCGCGGCCGGGCCCUGAUUGGGCGCGCGCGCCGCACGGCGGGCCCUGAUUGGGCGCGGCGCGGCCCCGCCCCCGCGCGGCCGGCGCUGUCCCGGUGCUGAACGCGGCCAUGAGCGGCGGCGUCUACGGCGGCGACGAGGUCGGGGCGCUGGUGUUCGACAUCGGCUCCUUCUCGGUGCGCGCGGGCUAUGCCGGCGAGGACUGCCCCAAGGCGGAUUUCCCCACCACGGUGGGGCUGCUGUCCCCGGACGAGGUGUCCCUGGAGCUGGACGGGGACAAGGACAAGAAGGGCGGCAAGGUCUACUACAUCGACACCAACGCGCUGCACGUGGCGCGCGAGGGCGUCGAGGUCCUGUCCCCGCUCAAGAACGGCAUGAUCGAGGACUGGGAGUGCUUCCAGGCCAUCCUGGACCACACCUACGGCAAGCACGUCAAGUCGGAGCCGGGGCUGCCGGUGCUCAUGUCCGAGGCGCCGUGGAACACGCGGGCCAAGCGGGAGAAGCUGACGGAGCUGAUGUUCGAGCACUACAACAUCCCGGCCUUCUUCCUCUGCAAGACGGCCGUGCUCACCGCCUUCGCCAACGGGCGCAGCACGGGGCUGGUGCUGGACUCGGGCGCCACGCACACCACGGCCAUCCCCGUGCACGACGGCUACAUCCUGCAGCAAGGCAUCGUCAAGUCGCCGCUGGCCGGGGAUUUCAUCUCCAUGCAGUGCCGGGAGCUCUUCCAGGAGCUCAACAUCGACAUCGUGCCGCCCUACAUGAUCGCCGCCAAGGUGGGCGUGGCCGGUGGGGGCCCCCCGAGCUGGAAGAAGAAGGAGAAGCUGCCCCAGGUGUCCAAGUCCUGGCACAACUUCACCUGCAACGAGGUGAUCCAGGACUUCCAGGCCUCGGUGCUGCAGGUCUCGGACUCGCCCUACGACGAGCAGGUGGCGGCGCAGAUGCCCACGGUCCACUACGAGAUGCCCAACGGGUACAACACCGACUACGGGGCCGAGCGGCUCCGCAUCCCCGAGGGGCUCUUCGACCCCUCCAACGUCAAGGGCCUCUCGGGGAACACCAUGCUGGGCGUGGGGCACGUGGUCACCACCAGCAUCGGCAUGUGCGACAUCGACAUCCGGCCGGGGCUCUAUGGCAGCGUCAUUGUCACCGGAGGGAACACGCUGCUGCAGGGCUUCACCGACCGCCUGAACCGCGAGCUGGCGCAGAAAACGCCCCCGAGCAUGCGCCUCAAGCUCAUCGCCAGCAACAGCACCAUGGAGCGCCGCUUCAGCCCCUGGAUCGGGGGCUCCAUCCUGGCCUCGCUCGGAACCUUCCAGCAGAUGUGGAUCUCCAAGCAGGAGUACGAGGAGGGCGGGAAGCAGUGCGUGGAGCGCAAGUGCCCCUGAGCGUCCCUGAGGGGAACUGAGGGGAACUGAGGGGAACUGAGGG